AUGUCGGUCUCAAAAACCAGCAAGCUGCUGAACUACAUCAACUACAGAAUGCGCGUGACGCUCAUAGACAGCAGGCAUAUCGUUGGGAGGUUCAUGGCCUUCGAUAGACACAUGAAUCUCGUCCUCGGAGAUGCUGAAGAAUUCAGAAAGCUGCCACCAAAGAAAGGCAGAACAGAGGAGGAGCGCGAUCAGAGGAGGGUCUUGGGCCUGGUGCUGCUGCGUGGGGACGAGGUGAUCUCGCUCACUGUCGAGGGCCCUCCACCGGCAGAUGCAUCCCGCCUGUCCAAGACCCAGGCCGCUCCAGGCGGCCCAGGAAUGGGCCGCGCCGCUGGUCGUGGCAUGCCCACUGCCGCCCCAGGCCAAGCACCUGCGGGUCUGGGCGCUCCGGCUCGCGGCGUCGGCGGCCCAGCACCGGGCAUGAUGCUCCCCCGGCCGCAGGUGUCGGCCGCCCCCAUCAUCCGCCCUGGCGAGCCUGCCGUCCGCCCAGGAGGUCCCCCCGCCGCAGGCCCCCGCCCGGGAGGUCCGCCACCGCCGUUCUUCCCUGGCGGACCCCCGCGCCCAGGCGGUCCCCCUCCCGGCGGAAUGCCCCUCGGAGCGCGGCCGCCCAUGCAGGGAGGCCCCCCGCCGCCAUUCUUCCAGGGCGGUCCCCCCCGCCCCGGCAUGAUGCCGCCUCCUGGGUUCCGCCCCGGCAUGCCGCCGCCAGGCUUCCCAGGAGGCUUCCCUCCGCGCCCCGGCUUCCCUGGUGGCCCGCCUCCUGGCGCGUUCCCUCCUCGGCCCCAGUACCCCCCUGGCGGCCAGCCCCCCCAGCAGUGA